GGCGCGUCGAGGUCCCCUUGAGGGCAUUAGGGAGGGAAGCGCAGGCGAAGCCCCACCAGAGUUUCUAGUGUGAUCGCUUGGUGUUAUGAUGAAGGAUUCCUUGACUCUCCUGUCCCGUAUCCCAGCACACCCAGAUUCCCGGUGCUGGUUUCUAGCCUGGAACCCUACAGGGACUUUGUUAGCUUCCUGCGGUGGGGACCGUAGCAUCCGUAUAUGGGGGAAAGAAGGCAUCGCCUGGGUGUGCAAGUCUGUGCUGGGCGAAGGACACCAAAGGACCAUCCGCAAGGUGGCCUGGUCUCCAUGCGGGAACUACCUGGCUUCAGCCAGCUUUGAUGCUACCACCUGUAUUUGGAAGAAAAACCAAGAGGAUUUUGAGUGCGUAGCCACCCUGGAAGGCCACGAGAACGAGGUGAAGUCCGUCGCCUGGGCCCCAUCUGGCAACCUCCUGGCCACUUGCAGCCGAGACAAGAGUGUCUGGGUUUGGGAAGUGGAUGAAGAAGACGAGUACGAGUGCAUGAGUGUCUUGAACUCCCACACGCAGGAUGUCAAACACGUCGUCUGGCAUCCCAACCAGGAGCUACUGGCAUCAGCCAGUUACGAUGACACGGUGAAGCUGUACCGGGAAGAGGAGGAUGACUGGGUGUGCUUCAGCACCCUGGAGGGGCACGAGUCCACGGUGUGGAGCCUGGCCUUUGACCAGAGCGGGGAGCGCCUGGCCUCCUGCAGCGACGACAAGACCGUGCGCAUUUGGCGCCAGUAUCAGCCGGGGAACGAGCAAGGUGUGGUCUGCAGUGGCACAGAUCCCACGUGGAAAUGUGUCUGCACCCUCUCUGGCUUCCACACCCGGACCAUCUAUGAUGUGGCAUGGUGCCACCUGACGGGUGCUUUAGCCACAGCCUGUGGAGACGACGCCAUCCGCGUGUUUGAGGAGGAGCCUCUCUCGGACCCGCAGCAGCCCACCUUCACCCUGACUGUCCACCUGGCCCGGGCUCACUCCCAGGAUGUGAACUGCGUGGCCUGGAACCCCAAGGAGCCAGGACUGCUGGCAACCUGCAGCGACGACGGAGAAAUGGCCUUCUGGAAAUACCAGCGCCCCGAGGUGUGCUGAGAGCAUCAAUAUUCUCCCCCCAUCCCCAUGACUAUGACGGCGCGGUCUUUGCACCACCACUUCCAGCACUGUAACAACGACACACAAGGCAAGAUGAGCUGCAUCAAGAAAGGCCAUCGAAUACGUGGGAGAUCAUGUAAAACACGCGAAGAACUACGCCACCCUCCAACCCCAAUUUCAGGAACAUUCGCAAUUGGAGAAAAACAGUGGCUUUAGCUAAAAGCAGGAUGCUGGUUUUCCUUCUGUACAGAUUCAUGUUACUGCCCAGUCAGACUUCAUGGGCCAGUAAGGUAGUCUUGUCUUUCAGCUGGCUAGAAAAUCACCCCGUGUGCAGAAGCAAGAUUUGCAUGUGAUGGGAAGGAGUUUCCUGUAACUUCUUUUCUAAAAUAAACAAGGGAAGCAA